AUGGCUGAUGCUCCCCGUGGUGCUGCCCGUGGAGGUUUCGGUUCGCGCGGCGACCGUGCUGGUGAGCGAGGCCGUGGACGUCGUGGUCGUCGCGGACCCAAAAGCGACGAGAAGGAAUGGCAGCCUGUCACCAAGCUCGGUCGUCUCGUUAAGGCCGGAAAGAUUAGCAGCAUGGAGCAGAUCUACCUGCAUUCCCUGCCUAUCAAGGAAUAUCAGAUCGUCGAUUUCUUCCUGCCCAAGCUGAAGGAUGAGGUUAUGAAGAUCAAACCAGUCCAGAAGCAGACCCGUGCUGGUCAACGUACACGAUUCAAGGCCAUCGUCGUCAUUGGCGACUCGGAAGGCCAUGUUGGCCUCGGGAUCAAGACUUCGAAAGAAGUAGCCACUGCCAUCCGCGCCGCCAUCAUCAUUGCGAAGCUCUCCGUACUUCCCGUCCGCAGAGGAUACUGGGGCUCCAACCUCGGUGAGCCUCACUCGCUCCCUACAAAGGAGAGCGGAAAGUGUGGUUCCGUCACUGUUCGGUUGAUUCCCGCCCCUCGCGGUACCGGCCUUGUCGCCUCCCCCGCCGUCAAGCGCCUUCUUCAGCUUGCCGGUGUCCAAGAUAUCUAUACCUCCUCCUCCGGCUCCACCAAAACCCUCGAAAAUACCCUCAAAGCCACCUUCGUUGCCGUUGCGAACACUUACGGCUUCCUCACCCCGAACCUGUGGAAGGAGACGAAGCUAAUCAGAAGUCCACUGGACGAGUAUGCUGAUGUGCUGAGAGAGGGGAAGAAGUAUUAA